AUGGAGGUGGAGCAGAUAUCAAUAACAGUUGCUGCUCUAGGGAAACUAUCUAAGUUCGGCGACUGGUGGCGACCAUCAUACACUACUGUAUCAGCUCUGUCAGCAGCAUUGGCUGAACAUCUCCCACUCCUCCAAGCGGAAAUGAUACCGAGCCUGAUGCUCAAUCUUGGUCUAGCUUGUGAUAAUAUACCACAAGAGACUAGAGCAGGGAUUGAUGUGUUAUUGAGGCGUAUGGCUAGUGCAUCAGUUAGGGGUGUUCGUAAUCAAACAGCUAGUGCCCUAGCUAGUACCAUAUAUGCUGCCGAGACUCUGCCUGCCUUGCAUCAGGACAUGCAUAGUCUUAUGUCUCUCACUAAGAUACACCUGGAACGUAAAUUAACGACCACGCCUAUUGAGUCUCUGGCUGGUAUACUUGGUAGCGUACCCUCUCGUACGGUGAGAACAUGUAUUGCUGAUCAUUUGAUCCAAAGGCUCCACAACAACCUCUGUAAAGUGGAUGACUAUGUCCGAAUAGCAAUCACUGCUGGAGUCGAUGGGAAUACUGAGGUAUCUGAUAUGCUCAUAACAUGUGCCACUUCUGAGGCACUAGAUUUCCCACCUGGAGCUCUCAUAGCUAUGAGGGAUGCUAGUGGUGAGGUGCUUGAGGCCAAUUCGGUACCAGACAUCUACUUAAUAGACGCCGUCAUCGGUUAUGGUCGGGUAUCACCAACAAUAUGCAGUGCAAUGCAGUGGCAAGUCGAUAACUUUGCUGAUAACACCAAUUCAGCGUUUGAUGCCUCUUCACUCACCACCUUACCAUUGUCGUAUCAGCAGGCGGCUGUAUACCUUAUUCAUCAUCUACACGGUCGAUGUGCCGAGGCGGAUGAACUGCUACGGAUACUCCUUCGGAGGAUGACAAUACAUACCUUGAAUACAACCGAGCUCUCAUUGCUGGCACGAUACAGUCCGCUUUUGACGACACACCCUUCACUGGUCCCACAGAUUGCCCGAAGGUGUUUGGACAUUGUGACAGAGGUCUCAGUACCUUUCCCUAGUGGUCAUCAGGAGGGGAAUAUUCAUUUGGCCAAGUUACUAUGUCGAGUGUUGUCUCUCUUAUGUAAAAUGGAUACAGGAGAUGCCUCAAUGAUGGAGAUUGAAAAGCUUCGUAACCUCAUCUGUCAAGCCGCAGUACGACACGCUUCAUAUCUGCUUCCAUCGGAUUUCGUCUCCUUGUGUACGCUGGUGGUUCAAUCUGGCUAUCAUAAGAUAUCGGAUGUGCGCCUUUCACUUGGGGAUAUCCUAGGACCGAGUGUGUUGGUGAAGAUGAAAGCAUUGAAAUCUAGCGGAGCGAAGGAGCGGUUAGCUGGUCUCUGCCGCACAAUGGGCUUCGAGGCUGUCGACCUCUCUGAGAAGUUUUCGAAUAAUCUCCAUGAAGUUGCCGCUUCUACUGAGAGCGAGUCACUGGCCUUAGUGCAUCCAUCAAGUACCGCGAGUGUAUCGUAAGCUGCAUCACCAUCGAGGGUAGUCGGGUUGAUAUUCGAGCAUCUCGAGUCCUUGAUUCAAUCAUGCACUCAAGUUGAUUGCAUGAACUACAUUGUUGUUUC